CUUCCGCAAUUUUCAUGUUUUGAUACGUCAUGAUGACCAACGUUGCUUAUGUAGACGGACUGAGAGUUAUUGUAUCUUUUUUGGUCGUUAUUAAGCGCUUUUUUAAAUAUUUGCAGCUGUAAAGUUGUAGCAAUAAUCCGUAAGAUAUAAUGCGUUACAUGUUUUUUUGUAUACCGUGUAUUGAUCUUUGAAACGGCGCUGGGUUGUUAGGCAGUAAGUUACAUUAUCUUCAGGUCAACAUGUUUUGGUGGAUUCUGUAAAACAGUACUACAAGUAUUAAACGGUGCACGGCAUAAUGUUCUUUUGUUUGUUUCGGAUAUUUUAAGCGAGAUGCUCCCGGCGGAAUUCAGAGAAUCUAAUGACUUCGAAAGUUUCAGCAAAUACACAUAAGAAUUAUGGCAUCCCCACAGAUGAAGGAGCGUCUGUCAGGUGUUGUGUUAAAUACUGUAUCAAAAGGAGCAUCUCCAGAAUCAAAAUGCCCAAUAUGCCUGGAUCAUUUCAAAAACAUAUCAUAUCUGGAUGUGUGCUUACAUAAGUUUUGCUUCUGCUGCAUCCAUGAGUGGUCGAAGAACAAAGCAGAAUGCCCUUUGUGCAAACAGCCAUUUAAUUCAAUCUAUCACACUAUUAAAUCUGAAGAUAACUACAAGAGGUUUGACCUGCGACCAACUGAAAAUGGCUCAUUUGGCAACAUGGCAGGGCAAAGAUUCAGGUAUCGCACCACGCUUACAGGCAACCGCAGACCAGCACAGAGGAGAACGUCUCCUCCUCCUGACCAUGGGGUCAUAUUUGAGGGCCUGAGGGGAUCUCUUUCACAGCGGCACAACAGAGAUCUCCACAGCAUGCUAAGUAGGUUGGCAGUAAGACAGGGAAGAGACAGAGAGGGAAGGACUGUGCAAAGUCUUCACGAACAAGAAAUGGUUAAAUUCAGACGAGCCUUGUACAGAAGAGGUGUGCGAGUCCAGAACAUUCAGGAUGGUGGUCGUAGCAGGGAGACUUCUGCAGAGUUCUUCAGAAGAAAUCCAGCUUGUCUUCACAGGCUUGUGCCUUGGUUGAGACGAGAGCUGACUGUUCUGUAUGGCACUCACGGUUCCCUUGUCAACAUAGUGCAGCACAUCAUCAUGACUUUGAUCACUCGACAUAACUUGGAUGACCAGGUUGUUGUACACGAGAUUCGACCCUUCUUGCUAUCCCAUACAGAGCACUUUCUACAUGAGUUUCUUAGUUUUGCUCAGUCCCCAUUCAACAUGGAGGCAUAUGACCAGCGUGCAGUUUAUGACUUGCCUCGGCCCUCCGGAGAGGGUAGCAGUUCGGAAGCCUCUGUGAUCGCCAUCUCUGAGGAUGAAAGUGAUUCUUUAGUGUCAGGAUCCCAGGAUUAUGCCACUCCUAGUCUGACCUUAAGCCAAACAGCAUGGGAUGAUGAGACCCCAGGGCCAUCCUACUCCUCAGAGCCAUCUCAGGUAUUAUCUUUUCCUGUGAGGGACUCGGAUUCUGAUAGUAGUGUAGGGGAAGCAGUAGUGUCUGUUGCUGCUGUGCCACAUCAAGACCGUCCAGCAAAUACUGCCACUAUUGCAGUAGAAGAGGAGCAUUCUGCUGGCAGUGAUGAUGACUGUGUUAUUAUCGGCUAUGUUAAGCCAGUGUCAGAAAGGACUCCAGAACUGGUCCAGCUUUCAUCUGAUUCAGAACAUUCUGAGCAGAAUGCAGAGCUACGAAGCCCUCGGGCACCCCAACACAUUCGAUUUACUUCAGAUUCUGAUUUGUGUCCCACUGACACUCAGAGAACCUCGAGGGGGCCAUUGAGAUGUUCUCGCUCACCUGAGAACACCUCUAGUCACCCAAGAAAAGAAGAUAAAUAUGGCAAAGGGUAUCAUGAAAGGGAGUUGUCGGGAUCUAGAGAAGGAUCUUCGCGCAGCAACAGGACACACUCCUCCUCUCAUAGCAGGAAACACCCAGUGUCUAAAGAGAGCAAGCAUGAGCAGAGACGAGAAAAAGAGACAAGUCACCACACCUCAUCUUAUUGGCAUUCAUAUAGCCAUUACAGUCAAAGAGACAGCAGCAGGAGAGGUUAUACACGCCACACCAGCUAUUACAGAAGUGUACAUGAUCGCUCUCGUUCUCGAUCGCAUAGUAGAAGGCGGAGCAGGGACCGUCAGGACAGAAGUCACUCAAGGAGCAAUUCUGGGAUCAAGUCCUCCAACCAUCAGGACAGAAGUCACUCAAGAAGCAGAUCUAGAAUCAAGUCUAGCUUCUCCAACCGUCAGCACAGAAGUCGCUCAAGGAGCAAUUCUAGAAUCAACUCCAGCUCCUCACAUCAUACAUCACGGCAUGAUGAUCAUGGCAGGAAAAAGAAAUACAAAACAAAGCAUCAUGAGGAACCCUCUAGCAAACUGUUUACUGAUUCUGUUAAAGAUGAUGCAAAAAAGAAAUACAAGAAGCAUCACAAAAAGUCCAAGAGGAAAAGCAGGAGUCCAAGCAGAGAUGACAAAUCUGAGGGUCACAGUAGGAAACAUCACAAGAAGAAGAAGAAGCACAAGAGGAAGAGCAGGAGACAUAAUAGUGAGGAGAGGGUGGGAAAAAACAGCCCUGUUCUCAUUACAAUUGCUAGUGAUAGUGACAGUGACAGUGCUGACCCCAGUGAACCCUCAACCAGUAAUAGCUGUGCAGCUGGCUCCAUAGUCCCAAUAGCAAACAGUGCUACAGAAACUCAGCCGUUCAUGUCCAGAUUCCUAGACAUAGACCAAGAGUCAACUGCUAGAACUGGAUACAGUUCUGUGGGUGAUGCAGGGAAUCACCCCGACAGAUUAACGCCAAUGCCUCUGUGAGUCUGUAUGUUCAGUUUAAUGGAACUCCUCAAUUUGUGGCAAAUAAUGAUUGACAAAGGACUAUUGUUGCAAUGCCCACAUGUAUUUUCAGUGUUUCAUAAAUACAAAAGGGAUGGGUUUGAAAUGUAAUUUUGAUUUGGGGUUUCUUGUUUUUUUUUUUUUUAAGAUAUAUGUACAUUAGCAUUUGUGAUUUAAUUGAAAAUGUAUUUCAUUUCAAACUCCCCUAUACAAGCAAAUUAAUAAAUUUUCAAA